AUGGUUGAUGCUUACACAUUUGGCCAUCCGACAUCACUAUCAGAAAGAGAAUCAUCCGCUUUGUUGCACGAGAGUUGUAUGAGUUUCGAUUUUACUGUUGCACAAGAUGGGACAGGCAACUUCACAACAAUUACUGAUGCUAUAGAUUCAGCUCCUUGUGGGAGUGCAACACCAUUCUUUAUACACGUCAAAGCAGGACAUUACAGUGAAAACGUUAUUGUUGGAGUAUACGGCGAUGGUUUCAUCAGAAUGAAGAUGACUAAUAGAAAUAGCGCUGGAGCAGGAGCUGGACAAGCGGCCGCCUUGACUAGUGGAGCUAGUUUCGUUACAUUUUAUCUGUGUCGUUUUGAGGGUUAUCAGGACACAGUUUUUUCGCAAUACGGGGUGCAAUUUUUCAGAGAAUGUGAAGUUUUUGGCACCAUAGAUUUUAUCUUUGGUGAUGGCCAAGCCUAUUCUCAAAAUAGUGUAAUUUAUGCAAGAUUACCUGUAUCAGGACAAGAAAUCACAAUACUUGCUCCAGACCCACAAGGUUGGCUUCAAUGGGAUGGUACAACCGUAUAUUUCGCAGAGUAUAAUAACAGAGGACCAGCGGCCAAUUCGAUAGGCAUGGUAAAUUGGUUAAACGCCAUCAAUGACAGAGAAGUAAUAUCCAAAUUUACAGUACGUAACUUUAUCCAAGGUGAUAAAUGGAUCCCCACCAACAAGGGUUGUGGUGGAGUGGUAGGUACUCCUUCAUCGUUAACAGAGGUCUCGAGUUCGAGCCCUGGGUAUGGAGUCGCCUUUGUUAUGGAGCGCUUUACCCCCACUAUGAGACUUCCCGGCGCGAAUCCGAAUUAG